AUGUCUCGCACCUACAACAACGUUAUCGUCUUCGGACCGACCGGUACUAUCGGAGGCCAAGUCGCUCUCGAGGCCCAGCGACGUGGCGCCAAAGUCUGGCUUGCCAUGCGCGACACUUCUAAACCCAUCGACGAAAUCCCAGCUGACGUCGAGAAAACCGGAAACUUUGCGCGUAUCCAAGCUGAUCUCAGCGACCCAGCAUCCGUUUCCACUGCUAUCACCCACUCUGGCGCCAAAGCAGCAUACCUCUACCUUAUCUACACCCCCGACUUCACCCGUGCCAGCCUUCAGGCCAUGCGCGACGCUGGAGUUGAAUAUGUCGUGUUCCUCUCGAGCUACAACGUUGGGACGGAAGGUGACGAAAUGCGGGCCAUCCCACGCGAGAAUUGGAUCCCCUAUGCUCAUGCCCAGGUCGAAAUCAACAUCGAAGACAUCGGUUUCCCUCACUUCACGGCUCUGCGGCCUGCCUGGUUUGCCAGCAACUACUUCAAAACGUAUUUCAACGGCUCCUCUACGCCAGCCAGAGCGACAAUCGUCUUCGAGAAUUCCAUUUUCGACAAUAUUGCACCAGAAGACAUUGCUCUGGUGGGUGGCGCAGUGUUGGCUCAGCGACCAGCUGAUGGGAAGAAGACGAUAUACCUAUACGGUCCGGAGCGACGCACGGCAAAGGAGAGUUGGGAAGUCAUCAAGUCGGUUACGGGCAGAGAGAUCGAUACGACUCCCUCUAGCCCUGCGCAGUUUACCGAGGUUUUGUCUGGCAAUGGUAUACCCGCCUUCCUCAUCGAUUAUCUGCUGGGUGCUUUCGACAAGGCAAAGGCAGGCUUUUCGGAGGCGGAGUAUCAGAGGGACGUCGGGAACUUCAAGAAGUACACAGGUCGAGAGCUAACCAAGUUUGCGGAUUACAUUCAGGCGCAUAAAGCGGAGUGGCUAGCGUAA